AAUAUUUCCCAACCCAAGAAAAUAAAGGGCAGUAUUUUCUCGAUAUUUUAAUGCAAUAUCAAGUAAACAUGGGCGCUUACGGGGAAAGUUCUAACGUGCAGAACAGUGGAAAUUAUAUAACUAUAAUUCCAGUUGAAUAUUCUAGACGAGGCUAUCCUAUUCAAGCAGAAUAUCAGUUCAACGAGUACAGAUCACGCGAAGAAUAUUACAGCGUCCAAAGUCAGAAACUCCAGGCUGAAGUGAACGCACACCUGUAUUCUGUCUCCCAGCGUCUGCCUCAUCUGUCUUAUAGCCCUUUAGGGAGACACCAGGAGUGGGACAAACAUGAUCCGCACAAACCUCUGCCGGACUCCAAAGAGAGUAACAGCUCGGACUCUCUGGAAAAAAGUGUUAUGGAGCAUCAAUCUUUGAAACAAACCAGUGACCAGACGAAAACGGUUUCAGGAUCGAAUCUCAGCAGUUGUUCGAACCAAACAGCGUCCAGCAGUAUAGCGGCCGGCUCCUUCAGCACCACGGAGCCCAUCACCAGCGGCGGUAGCUCCUCUAGCGCCAUAUCGCCGCCACUACCAGGUUCAUCCGGCAGCACGACCUCAUCGUCCACCGGCACGUCAAACCCGGUGACGUGCGUCUACCUUAUGUCGCGCACCGCUAUCAUGGUGGAGAUGAGCUCGGAGGAGGUGCCGUCCUGCGUUACGGCGUCCCGGUUCCUCAACGCCGUGUUGUGUACCGAGGAGCUGGGGCUGAGCAGCCCAAGCGCCAGGAGUUUAGCGGCCAAUGUGUUCUCGUUGUGGAUGUGCAGCCCGCUGUUAGAAAUCCAGCUGAAGCCGCACAAUUGUCCGUGGCGUAUAUGGGCGAGCUGGCAGAAGCUGCUGCAGCGGUACGGGCACGGCUCCGAGUCGCGCCGGGCCAAGGACCAGCCCGUGCUGCGCCUGCAGAGGAACAUCUUCUUCCCCAAACAUCUAGAGGAGGGGAUCAAGGACUCCCGCAUCCAGGAGUUGCUAUACGAGGAGGCGCGGUACAACGUGGUGACGGGGCGGUACCCGCUGGAGAGCGCGCAGGCGAUGAUGCUGGGCGGCCUGCAGGCGCGGAUACAGCUGGGCCCGUAUGACCCGCACCGACAUACUGCCAAGUUCUUCAGGGAACAACAAGACAAGUACCUCCCUCGUCACGCGCGCUCCGGACGCUGGGCGCGGCUGCUGCCGGCGGGCCGGAAGGGCAGCCCCGAAGCCCGGUUGUUGGAGCAGGCGCAGCGCCCGCCCGCUGCGCCGCCACGGAAGCUGAGGCAUAAGUAUCUCGCGCAUACAAGGACACUGCCUACUUAUGGGGCUGCGUUCUUCCAAGGUCAGAUCGAGCAGCCGGUGCGCAGCCUGACCAGCCUGCUGACGCACGAGGACAUCCCCGUGCUCGUCGCCAUCAACUACCAAGGCGUCUACGUCAUUGACGACACGGAGAGCACGGUGCUACUGGGGCUGUUAUACGAGGAGCUGUCGUGGGACAUCGGUCUGCCGUCAGAAGACAACGAGGACUGCCUGCCCUGCCUGUUCCUGCAGUUCAUGGUCGUCGAGAACGGAUUACGAGUGUCUAAAAUACUACAGGUGUUUUCGAAGCAGGCCGUGAUGAUGGACACGCUAGUGUCGCACUUCGCGGGCGAGUACCGCAAGCGGCUCGGCCAGGAGACGCCUAGUGAUCACGCCAACUAUGACUAUCACUCCGAUUCCGGCAGUAUAUCUCUCCCACCGCUAUCCAGACCUGACUCUCCUCAACGGAGACUCGCCAACAAACUCUCCCGGCUGGCGCUGGCAACCCACGACGGGCGAGGCAACCUGCUCGGUGGGGCUGGGGAUUGGGGUGGGUUACACCCUCGACAACCGUCAUGGAUACUACCCAAACAUUGACACAGUGGGAACCAGCGGUGGAAUAUGACUUAUCGAUGCCAGCGGAUGGAGUAGGCAAGGAAUAUCGAAGUAGGCAAGGACCCUGUAUUUGACAUGUCUGGAUCCAGCGCUGAAUCAGAUCAGUAUCAAUGUAAACAGUAAACAUGUUACAAUCGGCACUAUAGUUUGUGCGUUCUAAGAUGAUAUGGGUGACAGUUUUCAUGU